AUGGGGGCCUACGGCUGUCAACAGCAACAGCAGCAGCAGCAACAGCAGCAGCAACUGCAACUGCAGCAGCAACAUGUACAGCAGCUUGAACAGCAGGACAGUGCCAGUAGUAGGGAGGGUCUGAAGAUUAGUAUGAUCCAAAGGUUGCACAGCAUCACCGGUAGCAGUGUACUCAGUGGUAGCGGGGGUAGUGGCAGUGGCGGAAGUGGUGGGGCAAAUGAUUAUUCCGGAGGUUGUGGUGAUGGGGGCGGAAACUGCGCGAGCACGACGGCCACCGCCGGAAGUAGCAGCAGCAGUAGCGGAACCAACGUCGGUGGUGUACCGGGAGAAGAAGGUGGUUCGAGAAAGCGACGAUCUCGGAUUACCUACGAUCGAGAGCAGGGCGUGCGGUUCUACCGGGGAACCGAAACUACCGACAGUAACGAUUGUGAUUGUGAAGAUAUUUGA